CCUGCUGACUCGCCUCUUAUAUUCUCCAGCCUUGACCCGCGCCGCCAUGUCCCACAUGGAGUCCACCCUCUUCCUUCCCUACGCCUUGUCUCAGCAGUUCUACGGGGUGCCCGCCGAGAUGUACAACCAGGUGUACCCCGCCAACUCGUCGAUUAGUCAGCCGUCGUCCUUCGUACGCUCGUCUGCGCAGCAUUCGUCGUCACCCCGCCAGUUCUACCGCAACUACAGCCGUUCGCCAGCCGGGGUUUUUCAGGGCGAGCCCAUCUCUUCGUCGGCUUCGCCCUCAAGCUCGAGCAGCCUGGCUGCUCCCAUGAACGUUCAGGAGCACCCUCAAGACUUCUCUGAGCCCAACUACGCCUUCACGGCUACGGCGGCCGUGACAUAUCCGCUGGAGAAUUCUGUCCCUCGUGGUACGCCCUACGUUCAGGAAGGGCAGAUGGGCUAUUCGCAGCUACCAUCGGCAAAGUUUGAGCCCCAGCUCGACGGUCGAUAUGCCGAUGCACCGGCCUACACCCAAAACUUCUUCGACCGUGCGGCCGAGAUGCAGUUCUCGCCACCGGAGAUGUCAUCUUACUACGACGGCAGCGCCGGUGGCCUCAGCCAAGAGCCGGCUCUGACAGCGUACACCCUCCAUGACGACCAGCUCCCGUCCGUCGUCCACAGCUUUUCGCACAGCCCGCGGAUCGAGCAGCCGGGCUCGCCCGAGUCCGUCUACACCAACGGCUCCCCGCUCUUGCAGUACCCUCCGACGCCGGAUGAGGCACCCCAGUACGUCAGCCUCCAGGACGUCUCGCCGUCCCCAGCCGUCUCGCCCGACCAGGUGUACUCAAGCCUCCCGACGCACUCGGCGACACUCAACACGUCCGUCCUCACGGGCUCUUACGUCGUCGGCCAGCCGGCGUCGCCGUCGUCCGUCGAGUACGAGGAGCCGUUCUCGGAUGCGACUCCCACGGCGGGUAUGUUCGGCACGACAAAUGCACCGCCGCGUAAACGUCUGAGAGUGAGCAGCGACGAGGAGGACUCGCGCGUGGGCUCGAUUGAGAGCGGUGAGUCGGAGCGCGAGGACGACGACGGUGAGGACGACGAUGAGUACAGGCCCGGCGCGCGCGACGGCGGCCAUGCGCGCUCGGAGUCGCCGUUCGACGUCCAGCGGCCGCGUCUCGCGCCGCCCGUGCCGGUGCCGAACCUCACAAAGAAGAGCCGCGGCCGCCGGGUGCCCACGUCCGCCGUGCUCGUGUCCCAGAACGGUGUCGAGAAGAAUAUCCGUGGCUACAAGUGCAAGGUACCCGGAUGCAACAAGUGCUUCCAACGUGGAGAGCAUCUAAAACGUCACGUUCGCAGCAUCCACACGAACGACAAGCCGCACAAAUGCCCGUAUAAGAAGUGUGGCAAGGAUUUUAGCCGGCAUGAUAACCUCCGUCAGCACAUGCGCGUGCAUAGAAACGAGCCGCUAGACUCUGAAGAGAUGGUUUCGGCCUGAGUCAGCGUCGGGUGCCUCGAUAUCGUUU